GACUAAAAGAUAUGAGUAUGAUACAACUGGAAAGAAUCCCAGGUACGAGGAAAGGCAAAUGCCUUAUGGUACAAAAAAGGAGGAAGAAAAAGAGAAGAUACAAGAUUCAGAUACCCUUUUGCCACCCGAAAAACCUGAAGAAGGUACUUCCGAGACAAACGGGGGAAAGCAGGAAAGGUCGGAGGAAGGUAAGUUCUCCACACAAAAUGAGGAAGGAAUAGAGAAGAUACAAGUUUCACUUACCAUUUUGCCACGCAAAAGGCCUGAAGAAGGUACUUCCAAGACAAACAGGGGACAGCAGGAAAGGUCGGAGGAAGAUCCCAGUUGGGCUCUUCUGCUCAGAAUUGGUAAAGCCGGCCUCUCUGCUGAUCCAAUAUUGUAG